AUGUCAUUUCUAUGGGUGCUUUUGCUGACUGUUGAGGCCCUCCUCACAGCAGUCUUCGCUUCCUCAGCUGCACAUCCUUUCAUCAGAGUAUACGCUGAGCAGAACCCAAUAUCAGCUCCCUUGGAGCACCUUUUUCUCUGCCCUGCUGAACUUAAGGACAAGGUCGACCUCUCUCAAUGGCCUCGCUACGAAGUGACCAUCGAUGGUUCCAAUUGUUCGAGCCAUAAGGAGCUGUUGGCCGAGGAGAACAGGGCUCAGUUCUUCCAGUGCCUCACAGAUGUUGUGAACAUCACUACUCACGCUAUGGAUACUAUAGGCCUUAGCCCAGCUCUUAGUGAUGGCACUUUGCUCGGGUGGUAUCGGCAUCAUAAGGGAUAUAUACCAUGGGACGUCGACGCGGACACUUCUAUUAUGAAAGCUGACUGUCGAGAAUCCUUCAAGAAGUACGCCAAACCUGAACACAAGAACAUCGCCCAGGUCCUGCAAGAGCGUAUGCCUGACGAUAAGCACUUUCGAGUGAGAGGCAUCAAGUACAUGGUCGGCUCCGAGUUGAAAGAUGAUGAUUGGGAAGGCUGCGAGAACCCUGAGUUCCGAGUUGUUCACUCCCUCAAUGGUAGCAACUGCCAUGUAGACAUCUUCCAGAUGCUACAGUCUACGGAUCCUGAGGCCCCUUGUACCACGUGCCCCGGUUACAGUGACGGCGCUGUAACUGUCUGCCGAACUGCUGAAGGACGAGUUUGUGGCCUCAAGAGCGACUACGAGCCCUCAACGUGGGACCGCUUGGAUUGGGGUGAUUGUAAGAUCCCCAAUAACCCGGUAGGUGCCUUAGAGUCUCAGUAUCCUGGUCCCGGCAUCGAGCUCAAUAACUUCAAGCUGGUGCCCGGUAACUACAAAUAUGGUUCGCAGAUGCUCGUUGUCGGCCGUCCUGUCGACGCCAACGGUAACGAGAUUAGCGAUGCGGCACCUCCAGCUGCCGCACCAUCACUUCGUGGCAGCGAUGAUAGCAAAAUGCAAGAGGUUCUCACCAACCUCCAGAAUCUGGUCAAGGAAGGUUGGUCUGGGGGCUUGAGUCGACAAUACGAGAUCAUUGUAUUGGUUGCGUUGGCACUUGUCUGUGCAGCGUGCCUUAUUUGUUUGGGUGUUUGUAUUUGCAAACGUCAUCGCACAGUUGAUGAACUUCCUUCGUCUUCUGCCGCUUCUGCAUACAGUGAUGGCAGUAACACGGCAAUACCGAUAGAGUAG